AUGGACGAUCCUCAAACAAGUCCCGAUGAACAGGGCAAACGGUCUUCCCCGGACAGACAGCUCUGGCGCACAAAUACUCCACCGCCGCAUGAAGUCCUGCAAUCGCAGAUAACCUCCAGUACAGAUCUAGUUAGGAAUAUACACGUAGAAGAGAAAGUAUUUCUAAUCGACGAUCGCCUCGGUGCGCCAUACGAGGAGAAAGGCGGUUUAGGGUGGCCUCUUUGGGGAGACGAGGCAGAAGAAGACGAUGCGAUGCACCUGCCGCACCCCGAUGAUGACAAGCUGUUCAAGAUACACUGGAAGGAACGCUUUUCACGAAAACACAUUUUACCUACAACGGGCGUCAUUCUAUUAUCCGUCGGCCUGUUCAUCACUUUCUUUGUCCUUCCUAUCCUGAAAUACACGGGUGUCUUAGAUUCCAUAUCAGGACACGAGACGCCUUUAGACGGUUACCCGCGGAAAGGAGACUGGGCUUGGGUCAAUGAUAUAGCGUACCCGCUUUUUAAAAGUAUGCGGAGUGGCCUCCUUGAUCCCGAUACUCCUGCACAUGCUAUGCGAAAGUUGGGCGAGUUUGGCGACGAGUACGAGCUCGUGUUCAGCGAUGAAUACAACAGCAAUAACCGCACUUUCUACGAAGGAGAUGACCCAUACUUCUUUGCUCCAGACAUUUGGUAUGGUGCGACCCAGGAUCUGGAAUGGUACGAUCCUGACGCGGUUACGACAUGGGACGGCGUUCUAGAAUUGCGAAUGGACCGGUUCAGGAAUCAUGGGCUAGAGUUUCGCUCCGGCAUGCUGAAUAGUUGGAACCACCUAUGCUUCAAAGGGGGCAUCUUCGAAAUUUCAAUGUCGCUGCCUGGACCGGCAGGUGUCCACGGUCUCUGGCCCGGUGUUUGGACGCUGGGCAACCUGGGGCGGCCGGGGUACACAUCGACCACAGACGGGACAUGGCCGUACACUUAUCAAGCUUGUGACGUGGGUAUAACGCCCAACCAGUCGAGCCCGGAUGGCCUCUCAUGGCUUCCUGGCCAAAGACUGCCGUCAUGCACAUGUCCAAGUGAAGACCACCCUACACCAGGCACCGGUCGCGGCGCGCCUGAAAUCGACGUCGCGGAGGUAAGCGUGAGCUAUGAGGAAGGGAAGCUACCUGUUGCCACUCAGAGCUACCAAGUCGCGCCUUUCGAUAUAUGGUACUACCCAAACUAUGAGUUCACUGCGUUUCCCGACCAGCGCUUGAGCUACACCAACACCUACACAGGCGGUCCUUUCCAGCAAGCUAUCUCCGCAACCACCAAUCUGAACCGCGACUGGUAUGAUGGCAAAGCAUAUCAACGCUUCUCAUUCGAAUACGUUCCUGGCGAUAAAGAAGGAUCGCACAUCACCUGGAAGGUAGGAGGGCAAACCAUGUUCACGAUGGACGGCCGUGCCCUUGGCCCCAACGGCAACAUCCAAGCGCGCCGAAUCUCGCAGGAGCCUAUGUCCUUAAUUCUAAACCUCGGCAUGAGCAAUUCGUGGACGUGGAUCAACUGGGCAGAGCUAGUUUUCCCAACGGUACUGCGAGUAGACUAUGUGCGCUGGUACCAGAAGAAAGGCGAGAAGCUGGUAACGUGCGAUCCCCCUGGUUUCGAGACCACAAAGUACAUUAAAGAGCAUAUUUUGGCAUAUACAAAUCCAAAUUUCACUGUGAGUGCUCCCGAUUCGAAAUAUUGGCAGCAGCAUAAGAUCUGA